CGAUAUGAUGCUUCAGGACAAGCCCUACCCUGACUGGGGGAAAUCAGCAAGAGCCUUCUGGAAGAAAGGCAAUGUUAGGAUCAUCUUAUUCUGGACUGUUCUCUUUACCCUGACUUCCGUGGUGGUACUUGUCAUCACAACCGACUGGAUCAGCUGGGACAAACUGAAUCGUGGAUUUUUGCCCAGUGAUGAGGUUUCCAGAGCAUUCCUUGCUUCUUUCAUCUUGGUCUUUGACCUUCUUAUCGUGAUGCAG